AUGGUCUUACAGCCAGCUGCCGCAGAUAACCUGCAUGGCCACUCCCAAGAUAGGAGCUAUCCGCCGUAUAAUCAUAGUUCUCAGUCAACAAGUGAUCCCUCUCGGUUCAUCAGAACGUUUGCUAGUCCUGUCAACUCCUUCCGUAGUGAUCAUCUGAGUACUGGCAUUGAUUUUGACUCUAUGUAUGAUCUACUUGAUCUUGAUCAUCAUCUGAGUACCGGCUCUGAAUUUGACUCUGUGUAUGAUCUAACUGAUCCUGAGGAGGGUGUUAUAUUGAAGUAUUUGAAAACAAGAAUACAUCGUGCUCCUGUGCCCAAAGAUGAAGUUAACCCCACGAAAACUGAAGUAGUUACCGAUAAAGAACCAGAAAUUUGUUCUAUAUGCCAAGCUGAAUAUGAAGACGAAGAGACCAUAGGGACACUUCAGUGUGGGCAUGAGUAUCAUAUGGACUGCAUCAAACAAUGGAUAAUGAGGAAGCAAGAUUGUCCCAUGUGCAGAGCUUCAAUUUUUCCUUCACAACAUUAA